GAGAAGCGGAAUGCGGCAGAUACCCAAGCCCGGCGGGUCCCCGACUCUUUCAAAGACAGCCCCAAUAAAGGCCUUGGACCUUGUGGAUGGAUUUUGGUGGCUGCCUCAUUCUUAUUCACAGUUAUAACAUUCCCAAUAUCAAUAUGGAUGUGCAUAAAGAUCAUAAAAGAAUAUGAAAGGGCCAUCAUCUUUAGAUUGGGACGCAUUUUACAAGGUGGCGCCAAAGGACCUGGUUUGUUUUUCAUUCUGCCGUGCACUGACAGCUUCAUCAAAGUGGACAUGAGAACCAUUUCGUUUGAUAUUCCUCCUCAGGAGAUCCUCACCAAGGACUCCGUGACCAUUAGCGUGGACGGAGUGGUCUAUUACCGUGUUCAGAAUGCAACCCUGGCCGUGGCAAAUAUCACCAAUGCUGACUCAGCUACCCGUCUUUUGGCACAAACUACUCUUCGGAAUGUUCUGGGCACCAAGAACCUUUCUCAGAUCCUUUCUGACAGAGAAGAAAUUGCACACAACAUGCAGUCUACCCUGGAUGAUGCCACUGAUGACUGGGGAAUAAAGGUGGAGCGUGUAGAAAUUAAGGACGUGAAACUCCCUGUGCAGCUCCAGAGAGCUAUGGCUGCGGAGGCAGAGGCGUCCCGGGAGGCCCGAGCCAAGGUGAUUGCUGCUGAGGGAGAAAUGAAUGCCUCCAGAGCUCUCAAAGAAGCUUCUAUUGUCAUCACGGAAUCUCCUGCAGCCCUUCAGCUGCGAUACCUUCAGACACUGACCACCAUUGCUGCUGAGAAAAACUCCACAAUUGUCUUCCCUCUGCCCAUAGACAUGCUGCAAGGCAUUGUGGGGGCAAAACAUUGAGUCACAUAGGCCAAGGUGGAAAUAAGAAUUUCCCUUAUGAAGGAAUGAUGUAGAGGACCAAAUUAGC